UGCCCUAAAACCGUUUUGAGUGAGGGUUGGAGGUGUUCUCGGUGGACCUGUGUGCGGGUUCAGGUGCUCUUCGCGGGUUUGGCUCCUGGCAGCUGCAGCAGUUACGCACCGCUGCCGACGACUGUACGAGAGGUUAGUGUGUGUCGGCACAAGCGGUGAAAGUGGCUACAUAGCCGCUUGCUCAUUGUGUCACAGGCCCGUUUGGGAACAACCGUUCUGGUCUGAGAGAGGAAGCAGCCAGACCAUCCUCGACCCAUGGACGUCCUCGGCUUCGUGUGCGCCGCGCUCCUGUGCACGCUUGUGCACGGCAAGCCGACGUUAAGAAAAGAGAGGGUCCUUUAUCAAGACCCCGAACUGAGCAGGCAAGCCCACGAAGACAAUAAAAGCUUCCAGUAUGACCAUGAGGCCUUCCUGGGCAAAGAGGAGGCCAAGACAUUUGAUCAGCUCACCCCUGAAGAGAGCAAAGACAGGCUCGGUAAAAUAGUGGACCGGAUAGACGGCGACACUGAUGGCUACAUCACCACAGCUGAACUCAAGGCUUGGAUAAAACGCGUCCAGAAGCGUUACGUGUACGAUAACGUGGCAAAGGUGUGGACAGAUUACGACCUAAACAAAGACAACAAGAUUUCGUGGGAUGAGUACAAGCAAGCCACGUACGGAUACUACCUCGCCAACCCGGAGGAGUUUGAUGAUGCAACAGACCAGUUCAGCUUCAAGAAGAUGCUUCCUCGUGAUGAGAGGAGGUUCAAGACAGCUGAUCUGAACGGAGACCUGGCAGCAGACAGAGAGGAGUUCACAUCCUUCCUCCACCCUGAGGAGUUUGAACACAUGAAGGACAUUGUGGUUCUGGAAACCCUGGAGGACAUUGACAAGAACGGCGAUGGGCACGUGGAUGAAGAUGAGUAUAUUGCCGACAUGUUUGCUCAUGAGGAGGGGGGUCCAGAGCCGGAUUGGGUCAAGACCGAGAGGGAACAGUUCUCUGACUUUCGGGACUUGAACAAGGAUGGCAAAAUGGACACCGAUGAAAUCCGCCACUGGAUUAUGCCACAGGACUACGACCAUGCCCAAGCUGAGGCCAGACAUCUGGUGUAUGAGUCUGAUCAGGACAAGGACCAGAUGCUGACCAAAGAGGAGAUCCUUGAAAACUGGAACAUGUUUGUGGGAAGUCAGGCCACCAACUACGGAGAGGACCUCACCAAGAACCAUGAUGAGCUCUGAGUGCAGCUUCUGACGUGUGUUUGUGUGUGUGUGUUUGUUUGUUGUGUGUGUGUGUGUGUGUGUGUGUGUGUGUGUGUGUGUGUGUGUGUGUGUGUGUGUGUGUGUGUGUGUGUGGAGGGUUGUUGAACAUCUUUGUCUUCAAAGACAGAAUCACAAACUCUUGCACAUCCUCCCACCACCACUCCAUCCUUCCUCACAAUAGCGGGACAGAUAUCAGUGUGUCGGGUUGUAAGCCGACACUGCAGACACCAAACAAGAGGAGGGAUGGAGAGUUGGCCCGACCACUAACGCUACGGGUCCAUCUCGGUUUUAUAUCGACGGUUGUGUUUCUGACAUUCAGGAGCAAAGCCAGAUCCAGUGGACCUACUUUCCAUCGAUGGUGCCUUCCAGCCGCGUCGUCGGCUUUGCUGCCUCAGAGAUCAGCGUAGAUAGUCUUUAAUGGAACCUGUCAAAGCUGAACGCCAAGCUUUACGUGAAUUGUCAAAUAGGAACAGUUUUUUGAUAGUGAGGUCAAUGUGAAACUACAGAGCAGAACAUUUAUUCUGAUUUUAUUUAUUUAUCGAGUACCUUCUGAACUUUAGGUUUGAGAGAAAUGCAGUGUUCAGCUAGAGAUUUCCUUUUUUAAAACAAGACACAAAUGAUGUUCUUUGUUUACAGUUUUCCUGGCCAAAUGAUUUUAAUGUUUUUAGUUAUGUGCUUUAAGAACUGUUUAUUAACUGAUGUUUAAUGGCAUGGUUUUUGCACGCAUUUGGUUUUAGUGUAGCCUGUGAAAAAAUUGUUUUCUUCAUAUUCACUUUGAAAUGUAUUUAUUGGUAUACUUAAGGCCAACAGUAUGCUCCAUGUUAGUUUUAUUGACCUUUGCUGAUGUUAUAUUGAGCUUUACCCUUUUCCAGCUGUUAAUUAAGAUUAGUUUGUUUGUUUGUUUGUUUUUUGGGGGGGUGUAUUCUCCUGGCUUGAAUACAGAAGAGGAGGGUAGAAAAACUUCCUCUCCUUACCUCUCACUUGACUCCUUGCUUCCUGUUGCAUCACUCCGAGGCCACCUUCUGUAUCAGAUGUACUGAGCUUUUUUCCACUGCAUUUGGCAUUUUAUAUAUUAGCCUGGUGUUUUUGAACAUCAGAAAUUCCUUUUUUGUCUUUUUUAUCAUAUUGUUUCAUGGAUAGUUUGAACAACAGGUGUAUAGUCCAUGGAACUCAUGAAAAGAACAAACUAUGACCAGAAUUUGCAGGUCUUGUAAUUUCAGUCAAUUUCAUUUCACUCAAUACCCCUUUUUUUUUCCUCCUUUUCAUCUUUUCUCUUGUGCUUUGUUGUCCCAAACCUCAUUUGCAUUAAUAGACCACCUCACACAUGGGCACAAACACAUCAACAUGUCU